UUGAUCCUAUCCAACGCUAUGUUUUCUUGGAACAGUCCGUCCUCCUAUCCUAACCGUCCAUUGGUAAGAGGCCCCUGUUGCGAUCAUGGUCGUUGAACGACCGUCGGUGGAAUGCUUGGAGGUGAUCGUAGUCGAUCCCGAUAAAGCUCCCGCAAUUCCCGGAAAGUCAACGGCCAGCGUUCUAUCCGAGAGAAGGCGAGUCAACGACCAUUUCUCGCCGUCCCUAAAGGAAGUCGAUGCGACGGGGUAAAUUGGUGAACUCGGUCCCGACUUAGGUAGCUAAUCUUACGCGCUUCAUCCGUCUGCUGAGGAUUUCCUGUUUGUUGUAAGAACACGGUAUCGUCUUGUUUGUCCUCGUUCCCGGUGGGCCCGUUCACGUGUUGUGAGAGCAAAAAUUCUGGGCUGUGGCUGGUGCGAGACAGCAUGAUGGCUUACCUUUUCGGCUUUGUACUCGUUCUCGCCAAGCAAUAAAUGAACGCGAGUUCGCGGCCUCCAUCGAUCUCCGUCGUCUGGAAUUGAAAUCGAUGAAUUGAUCGGUUUCGAUUUCAGAAGUUGGAUACAAGGCAUUGGGAUUUGUUGAUGGAGUUCUUCGCCCGGGCGAAGGCGGUGCGGUUGCGGAGCCACCACGACAAGUACCUGGUGGCGGACGAGGACGAGGAGCACGUGACGCAGGACCGAGACGGCACCUCCCGCGGCGUCCGGUGGACGGUGGAGCGCGUCGACAGCGUCCCCCACGUGCUCCGCCUCCGCAGCUGCUACGGCCGCUACCUCACCGCCUCCAACGAGCCCUUCCUCCUCGGCGUCACCGGCAAGAAGGUCUCACAGACCCUCCCCGCUCGCCUCGACUCCUCCCUCGAGUGGGAGCCCCUCCGUGAGGGAUCCCAGGUCAAACUCAAGACCCGCUACGGCAACUACCUCCGCGGCAACGGCGGCCUCCCCCCGUGGCGCAACUCCGUCACCCACGACGUCCCCCACCGCACCUCCACCCAGGAUUGGAUCCUAUGGGACGUUGACGUCGUCGAGAUCCUGCCCCAGCCUGCCCGCAUACCCAACCAGCCCGUCAGUGCAUCUUCUGCCGUCUCCUCCUCGUCGGCCUCUUCCUCCAGAUUGUCCAGUCUAGAGUCAUCAGAUUCUUUUUCUGGUCCGCUGCACAAGGUGGAAGGUCGCAGUAUCUACUUCACUGUCGCAGAUGAUAAUGGAAAUGUGGAUGACAGUGUUGAGUGGCCUCAUGUGACUUUCAUUGGGACAAGCGUACCUGAAGUGACACAGAAGUUGAAAGAGGAAACAAAGCUUGAUGACAUAAUUGUGUGCACCCGGAAUCCAUUGAACCAGCACCUGAUUCCUCUUUAUCUGCACUUACCACCAAACAACACGACAAUGCGGCUUGUUGUGGUCGAUGGCAAUUCGAAAGCUGCGAAAAAGUUCAGCAUUUAAAGGAUGAACUCGAGACAUGUUGGUGAUUGUAUUCAACUCCAGGCACAUAGUAAAUACAUUUCAUUUUACUUUUUAUUCUUGUUGAGCUGGUAUGAAUAUUGGUAGCAGUCUAUUUGUUCCCUUGUGCUUGGAAAGUUGCUAAAGAGGACUUAUAGAGGUUUGGCACAUCCAUUAACAAUGCUCUUUUCAAUUUAGCUGGAGGCGUAAUGAAUGUCGUUGCUGUUGAUGUAAUAAUAAUUAUCUCAGGGCAGAGCGACUCUUUUGAAUUGUAUUUGAUGAAGGUUUGGGAAGAAAUCGAUGACAACUCUCGAGGUUUGGUGUUUCAUGGAAACGAGGAGUUGAUCUUUCCUUCU